AUGGGGAUUCCUGGCCUGAAAGAUGAGCUCGGCCCGGGGGAGCGUGUCUCCUUGGCCAGAUUCUCGAUUGGCCAUCUCCAGCGCACGAGAAAGCCAUUACGCAUAGCGGUCGAUAUCUCCAUAUGGCUUUUCCAGGUCCAGGCAGCACAAGGCGGCGCAAAUCCAGCUCUUCGAACCCUCUUCUUCCGUUUAACAAGGCUGAUCUCCUUACCAAUCCAACCAAUUUUUGUUUUCGAUGGGCCCCAUAGACCGGAUUACAAAAGAGGUCGGCUGGUCAGCAAGAAUGCUGCUGCCGCGCAAAUAGACCUUUCAAGGAAGCUAAUUGAAUUAUUUUCAUACCCCUGCCAUGUUGCUCCAGGAGAAGCCGAGGCGGAAUGUGCUAAACUACAGCGUACAGGCGUUGUUGAUGCCGUGAUGAGCAACGACGUUGACGCCCUUAUGUUCGGUUCCAAAGUUACACUUCUCAAUUAUUCCAAGGGUUCGGCUAAGCAGUCAGGGGCGGCAACUCAUGUUGAUUUGUACAAUACUGAGGCGGAGGAUGGGGACAGCAAGGUCGCACUAGACACUAGGGGCAUGGUUUUGGUUGCAUUACUGAGCGGCGGAGAUUAUUCGCCUGCUGGCGUAGCCCUCUGCGGUCCAAAGCUAGCAGUUGAGAUUGCCAGAGCUGGCUUUGGCGAAGAUUUACUUGCAAUAACUCGAGAUAUGCUAUCCGGAAGAUCAACAAAACAAGCUGAAGAGGCAUUGUGCGAGUGGAGAGAGCGGCUUCAGUAUGAACUCGAGACUAACGAGAGCGGCUAUUUUAAGACAAGGCACAAAGCUGUUAGGAUACCUGAUGACUUCCCUAACAUGGCCGUUCUACGAAGUUGUGUCAAUCCGCUCACCUCGUCUCCAGAAAAACUAGAUGCAUUUCGCCGGUCUGAAAUUUGGGGCAGAAGAAUCGACAUUGACCGGCUUCGAGGAUUCGUUGGCAGACAUCUAGGGUGGAAGAAUCUAAUAGGGGCCAAGAACUUUAUAAGAAAACUUGCGCCGUCCUUGUUAAGCUAUAAUCUAUUUUAUGGCACAUUUGCAACGACACCCAUGGAUGAACUAGCACUUAAAGUAUUGGCUCACAAAUCAGCAGACUCCUUCGAUGCAUUGCCUGUGUUGAAACUUGAGUAUGUGCCACUCAAAAUCGUCAAUCUAGACUUGGACCAGGAAUUCAUCCCCGCAAGCCCACAAGAAGAGGAAGUUAUCAACAUCGAUUCGUCCGAUAACGAUGAUACGGUGAAGGAGGGUACUGUUACGACCAGAAAAAGCACUCUGGCAGAGUAUGACCCAUCCGCCGCUCAAAAAUUAUGGGUGUUUGAAGCCUUAGUACGCCGCGGUAUUCCAGAUACCGUGGAUGACUGGUUUGCGGAAUGCAAGAAGAAGAAAGCUCCCAAAAAGCGACCGGUGAAGAAGCCUGAGGCACGGAAGAAAAAGCCCAAAGUGGUUGACCCGGGAAUGAAAGUUGGUUCAAUUCUCCGGUACGGAACUAUAACGAAAGGCCCCGUUAGAAAAACGAAUGCUACCCGUUCGCCGGCCAAGGAGUCACCUCCUUCUAGCAGUACCGGCCUUUUAUAUAGCGAUACUGCGGCGACACAAACGCCUCCCGUUUCGUCUGCGAAAAGUACAGGUUCCACUCCCGAAUAUGCCGAUCUUACAUUUAGUGAUCCGUUUGAUGGCCUACAUAACGAAAAAGUCCAGGAGAUAGAACGGGCACUUAGCCACGUACAUAUUUCGGAAAAGCUAUCGUCAUCACACACUCAACUGGAGAAGACUGUUACUGCUUCUCAAAAGCCAAAAAUCCCAAAAUGCGCGGAACGAAUUCCAGCCCCUUCCAAGCGGUCCAAUAAGCUGAAGUUGUCUAGGGGGAAGAAAGGCAUCCCGAAAAGCCCACCACCAACUCCUCAAUCUUCUGCUUCUCAGGAGUUCCCAUCUUUGAAUCAAUUGUCAAUUGAAUUGGACGAUAUUCACUAUAUAGAACCCCCAAUUGAUACCAAGGCACCACAGCGAAAACCGGAUCGCCAUGUAUUAUAUACAGACAAUUCUCCACCUGCAUUGGAAAAUACCAUGGAUGCUUUCCAGUCCAAGGAGAUACCUAGCGAAUGCCAUCCGCCUGCUUUACAUGUUAAAAUUGAGAAUGGAUUCUGGUACCAGGUUCAAGGUGAAGUCAAAGAUUGUCCCUGUUCGCUGACGUCGGAUGAAAGCCCGAUUCUGGAUUGCGUAUCAAGUAAGCCAAUAUGCCUAGGGUGCGUCAGUGUAGUUGACCUCACCUAA